UGUAGCCUAAACAAUCGUUUUGAUAAGUCGAAAUAUAAAAUUACCUCGACACAAUGUUUUGCCGGUAGUGCCGUACUACUAUUUGUCAACGCGUGGAACUACAAAUCCCAGCACACCUCGGGAACAGAGCACGGAACUCCGCAGUAUGUGGGAAGCUCUUCCGGGGGACAAGCGAGAGUGAAGCACAGCUGACUUGUUUGAUUUUAUCAACAACGCGAAUGUGACGUGGUUUGUUAUGAUACACGGAGCUGGACUGGAAAAACAACACCGGGCCUGGUUAUAAGUCCAUAUUUAUUAUUAUUUAGCUGUUAAGGGAACGUUUUAUUCAUUUUUAUACUGUAGCUCUGUAAAAACAAAAUGAACGUCACACAGGCAGUGAAGCAGUAUGUGUCGAAAAUGAUCGAAAGCAGCGGGCCGGGGAUGAAGGUUCUGGUGAUGGAUAAAGAGACGACCAGUAUAGUGAGCAUGGUGUACACACAGUCAGAGAUUCUGCAGAAGGAGGUGUACCUCUUCGAACGCAUUGACUCCCAGAGCAGAGAAAACAUGAAGCACCUCAAAGCGAUCUGUUUCCUACGACCGACCAAGGAUAAUGUUGAAUACUUGAUCCAGGAGCUCCGCAGACCAAAAUACAGCGUCUACUUCAUCUACUUCAGCAAUGUGAUCAGUAAGAGCGAGGUGAAGGCGCUGGCCGAGGCUGAUGAACAGGAGGUGGUGGCGGAGGUGCAGGAGUUCUAUGGAGACUUCAUCGCAGUGAACCCCCACCUCUUCUCACUCAAUAUCGUCGGAUGUGCUCGGGGUCGAGCCUGGGACCCCGCCCUCCUCUCUCGCACCACCCAGGGACUGACCUCCGUGCUGCUGGCUCUCAAGAAGUGCCCAAUGAUCCGCUACCAGCACUCCUCAGACAUGGCGAAGAGACUGGCCGAGAGCGUCAAGCAAAUCAUCACCAAGGAGUACGAGCUCUUUGAUUUCCGCAAGACGGAGGUGCCUCCUCUGCUCCUGAUUGUGGACCGCAGUGAUGAUGCCGUCACCCCCUUACUGAACCAGUGGACAUAUCAGGCGAUGGUCCACGAGCUGCUGGGACUGAACAACAACCGGAUUGAUCUGUCCCGAGUCCCGGGGGUCAGCAAGGAGCUGCGCGAGGUGGUGCUGAGCGCAGAGAGUGACGACUUCUACGCCAGUAACCUAUACCUGAAUUUCGGGGAGAUCGGCACCAACAUUAAGAACCUGAUGGAGGAUUUUCAGAAGAAGAAACCCAAAGGACAGCAGAAGCUGGAGUCCAUCGCAGACAUGAAGGCGUUUGUGGAUAACUACCCUCAGUUUAAGAAGAUGUCCGGGACGGUGUCCAAGCACGUGACGGUGGUGGGGGAGCUGUCCCGGCUGGUCAGCGAGCGCAGCCUGAUGGAGGUGUCCGAGCUGGAGCAGGAGCUGGCCUGCCAGAGUGACCACUCCAGUGCACAGCAGAACGUGAGCAGGCUGCUCCAGAACCCCAAGUUGAGCGAGCUGGACGCGGCCCGGCUGGUCAUGCUGUACGCACUGCGCUACGAGAAGCACAGCAGCAACAACCUGCCGGCUCUCAUGAAGGAGCUGCACAGGAAGGGGGUCUCAGAGUCCUACGGGAGGAUGGUGCAGGCAGUGGUGGAGUAUGGAGGGAAGAGAGUGAGAGGAACUGACCUCAUCAACCCGAACGACGCGGUGGCAAUCACCAAGCAAUUCUUCAAAGGGCUGAAGGGGGUGGAGAACGUGUACACACAGCACCAGCCUCUUCUACAGGAGACCUUGGACCAGCUGAUCAAAGGCAGACUGAAGGACAGCCAGUACCCCUACCUGGGACCCAGCACACUGCGGGACAGGCCGCAGGAUAUCGUUGUGUUUAUAAUCGGAGGUGCGACGUACGAAGAGGCGCAGAGUGUGUACAGCCUGAACCGCAGCACCCCCGGGGUCCGAGUCGUUCUGGGAGGAACCACCAUCCACAACACCAAAAGCUUCCUGGACGAGGUCAUGGCAGCCACGACCCCGGGCCGCGGAGCUGAGAGGUCACAGGGGUCAGGCAGGCCAGCGAGCAGGCGCUGACGCAGGACCCGGGUCACUUCCUGUCAUCCUCUCCCAGCUUCCUGCUUCGGGAGGAGGUCUUGGAGAUGAGGAGGGAAACAACACUUACAGCAAGCAAAGGACAGGAAGAAUUGCACCUGAAUGAAACUUCACUUGCGUCUGUUUUGUAAUGCGAGUGCCCUCUUUAAACUGUAUCAUCUUUUAACAUGUAUCUCACAGUGCUAAACCCCACAGUGAAGACUGACGCUGUAUGAGAUGGAGUGCACAUUAAACAUGGAUGCAAAGUUAGGACCUUACACUGAGCAAAAUUACACUAGUGGACCUGCAUAGGAUCCAAAACUCAUAGAAAACAUGUGCAGUUGACAAGCUGAUCCUACAAAUAAACCCGCUGUGGUAAUUCCAUUAACGCUGAAACAGCUUCCACACUGAAUACUUCAUUAUUGGCCGUCAC